AGCGUAACCUUUCCAUUCGUGCGUAGGAUGCUUCAUUCUUCUUCUUCUUACAACAUAUAUUACAUUAGCAAAUAUUAGUAUGUGAUAAAGUGAUAAGCCGAUAAGGGCGAUAAGCAUCAAGCAUCUCAUCUCACAUGUUUGUGAUGUGAGAUUAUGCAGGAUCGUUGAGUUGAAUAAAGGUGGAUAGAUAUGCAAUGCAGUUUUUUCACAACCAUACAAUGACUAAGCGAUAGUGAUGGGUUGGAUGAUGGUGGGGAAUUACAAUUAGGAACAAUCCAUGAGUAAUACGAUAGUAAACUCAGUUAAACGUGACUUCUAAUUUCGUAGCCGUCUCUCGAACACCGAACGAUUCUUCAAACAAGACGUGAUUAUUAUUCUCCAUUAUUGGGAGUGAAUUCGAACCACAAUUAUAAUAUAUAAAUAACUAGGUAUCUGUGUAGUGAUUCAAUCCAAGUUUUAUAAUGGCAAAUUACAGUUUGGAGAAUAUGGAUAAAUUCAUUAUCAAUACAGGCAAUAUUUUGUCCAUAAAGGACAUCACCAAAAAGCCCAAUCAAAAUUUAUCUGAAGAGUUGGCUGAUGCCAUCAAUUUUACUUUCAAAGAAUUCCAAUCUAAUGGCACUUCACAACCUCAGUCUGACCAGUUAUUGGUAGUGAAUAGACACAAUGACAACUUGAAGAUAGAUGAACAUGAUCUUGCAGACUUGAAAAUUGGAUUUAAAAUUUUCUUGAACAAGGAUAACCAAGCCUCUUUAGCUGAAGCUGUUCAACAAGCUUUGUCAAUGUUGAAUGUAGAUGGAAUUAAUGACGUGAUCAUAACUUUCAAACAGCAGCAUUCCGAGGACAAAAAAGAUAAUUUGGAACAGAUACAGAAUGCAUGGAGGAUACUAGAAAGUUUAGUUGAAAGUGACAAAAUUAAGGAAAUAGGAAUUGCCGAUGUUGAGGAAAAUACAUUCAGAGCACUACAUCAAUGGGCGAACGUGAAACCCAAUAUUAUACAAAUAAAUCUUGCCACUUGUUGCGUUGUACCGCCGUCCCUACAGGAUUUCUGCAAGGAUAAUGAUAUAAAGCUACUUACACAUAGUGAUCCAAGUGAUAUAUUACCAAAAUCUUACAUUGAAGAGAUAUUUGGGAAACCCCUAGUUCUCAAGUGGGCACUACGUUUUUUAAUUCAUGUCAAGUGUCGAGGAGUACUUACAACUAAGGGAUAUUUGUUGCAUUUUUCAGAAGUAUAGACAGUAAUAAAACAUUGG